CCGGGAUGCUGAACCCAGCUUUGUCAUCGCAGGUCAGCCUUUCACACUGGGUCAUGCAUCUCCUACAGGUCGCGCCUUCCGUUGUUAUAUCGCAUAUGAUUUGAGCAGCAACCGAGUUGUCUUUCUGAAAGAUACUCGGCGAAUUUUAGCUCCAGACUUCCUUGCAGAGGGAAAAAUCUACGAGCGACUACAUGAAGCAGGAGUACCUCAUAUAGCGGAAUUUUUAGUAGCUGGUGGUAUUCCCGGACAGAACCAUGAAACAUAUGCCGAAUGGCACAUCAAUGUUCAGCAAAGGCGGCAUCAGCAUUAUCGACUUGUGCUGGGAACUAUUGGACGAGAUCUUCUUCUUUUGAGUCGUCGUAGGAGAUGCUUAAUGCGGUCAAAGAUGCAAUCAUAGCCCACGAAAAAGCUGUUAUCAAGGUUCAAAUUAUGCACCGCGACAUUAGCGUUGGUAACAUACUGAUUACAGAAGAUUGCAACGGACACAUUGGUGGUAUUCUCAUCGAUUGGGAUUUGAGCAAGUCAAUCAAAGAUCUCAACAAAGGACCCAGAUCUAUAGAGAGAACAGGAACAUGGCAGUUCAUCUUCGUUCAUCUAUUGCUGGAUAGGACCGCCGUGCAUAGCGUGUCUGACGAUCUGGAGUCCUUUGUACAUGUGCUUACAUGGGUCAUUCUUCGCUUCACACCAAGUGCCCUUACCGCUGACAAGUUGGCGUCGCUUCUUAAACAGUUGUAUGAAGAAGCAGAGGAUAUUCUUGAUGAUUCCGCUGUCAGUGGAGGGUAUACUGUACGUGGGGGACAAACAAAGCGGACGACUCUUGCCACUGCACUUAUGGUCCUCCAACAAAUGAAAUUGUUGAACAAGAAUUUGGAUCGUCUUCUGACGACCUUGCUUCGUGGUUUCGGGGUAAGGUAUGGCUCUGAACUACAUGUCAAUGUCAUGGUGCUAGAAAAGAAUCCCCCUGCCACUCAAGCAUUGUUGGGCCGUAUCCAAAGCCACAAGUGGAUUUUGGAAGCAGUCACUGCCGCACUGAACGAUCGUUCUGCAUGGCCUGCCAAUGAUCGAUCUCGACACAACCCAGUGCUCAAGGUCGAGGCAACAGCGCUGAAUAGGAUGAAAAGGAAAUCAGAACGGGAACGGCACAACGACUUUAUUCGGCUAACGCAGAAGGUCCGCAUCAUAAAUGAGGAAAGGCAGGCCUUGAUCAGGAUGAAGCAGGUCCCGCCGGGGAAGAGGAAACAGUUGAAAAAGAAUGAGACAUGUUAAUGUGAAGUAGUCAUACUAAGGUUAUGUAUCUGUUGGGAUAGCAAUCCCGAGCGAGUACGAGAACGUACUCGAAGAUACGAUGCCAGUCAGCGGCAGCUGACUUGGAUCGUGAUCCGGACUUAUUUAGUAUCUCGUAGAAAGAUCUCGAAGUAAUACAAAAUGUAUUUAAGUAGAACGUCUCUCUCUCGAGA